GGCGAGGCGCUGCGAUGGGAGGGUCACGUGCCGCUCGGCGCGUCCUUCCGUCCGGCCGCGCGCGGGGCCCUCGGCGGGAGGGCGAAGGCGCCGGUGCCGCCCGGCCAUGCAGGUCAGCGAGAGGCUGAAGCGCCUUUUGAAGCUGGUGCCCGGGCAGCGGCGCUUUGGCUUUUACCGCUUCCUGCCCUUCUUCUUUGUGCUCGGCGGAGCCAUGGAGUGGUUCAUGAUCAACGUCCGCGUGGGCAAAGAGACCUUCUAUGAUGUCUACCGUAGGAAACAAUCUGAAAGACUGUACGAGGCAAGGAUUGAGAAAGGGGAAUUUUAGCUGAAACUCUUCAAGGGGGAGCUCCUGAGUGCUUCAACUGUACAAGUGCCAAAGCAGCAGCAUUGCCACGUUGAAGGUGGGAGAAGUUGUUGGCUCUGCAAGAUGAGCUGUGAUCCACACAUGUUUGUAUAAUACACUCAGAUAGUUUAGGCAGUUCUGUUCUUCCAUACCUGUAAUAUUUGUGUUUAAAUGAAGUUAAAAUUGCGUUGUAUUUGGGCCUCUGCCACUAAUUUAAUGUUUGUUUAGUGCUUUUAAAUAAACUGAGUAAACAGUC